UAAGUAUGACUUCUGAGGCUAUAAAUGUAGCCUAUGCAGCACACGGGAGAGGGAGGAACAAGUUACAAUGUUUCAACUGCAAGGAAUUUGGUCAUAUUGCUCGCAAUUGUCCAAAGAAAGUUUGUAAUUACUACAAGAAAGAGGGCCAUAUCAUCAAAGAUUGUCGAAUACGGCCUCAGAACCGCCAAUCCCAAGCUUUUCAGGCUGAUGUUCAGUCCUCUGCUUCUUCUUCUGUGCCUUCUACUGUAAGCUGUGAUUCAUCUGUUCUUACACCAGCAAUGGUCCAACAGAUGAUUGUGUCUGCUUUUACGGCCUUAGGCAUGCAAGGAUCAGGUGUCGGGGACGGUGAUCGUGAAGGGGCCUAAAGUAGGACGUUUGUUUCCCUUACAAUUUUCUAUUUCUAAU